GAGCCCCAGCGGGCACCUGGCGCGGCGCGGCGACUCCCGCGGCGGCGGGAUGGACCCGUACUCCCGCCGGGGGCGCAGCCAUUCCGAAGCGCGGGACUACGCACGGGGCGGCGGCGCGGUGGGCGCGCCGCGCGGCGUGCUGCGGUCGAUCUCGCCGCGCGCGCAGGCGCUGCGGCGGUCGCCGACGCCACCGUGGAAGAAGGCGGAGCCGGCGAG